ACAUUUUCACGAAACGAUUUGACAAAGACACUUAUAAGAGAGAAUUUUAUUAGACAUAAUUUUUAAUAAAUCAUUACAUUCUACUAAGAAAAUGAUGAAAGUAGUAGCUAAACAACUGAGAGAUCUAUAUGUAAAUUUACCAAGCUUUACCGCGAAUCAAGCGGAAUUAGCAGACUGGGAAGACGACUUUACACGUUUUUCGAUUAAUAUAACACCUUCUGAAGGAUUGUUUGCAAAACAGACUUACUCUUUCGAAUUUCAAUUACCUUCAAAUUAUCCUGACAAUUCCCCAGCAAUUGUCUGUAAAAAUAGAAUUUACCAUCCAAACAUAAAUGAAGAUGGAACAGUUUGCAUCAGUAUUUUGGACGAGUGGGAUAAAGCAUCCUGUGACUUACAAUCAGCCGUACAAGGAGUGCUUUUUCUUUUAUACAAUUAUGACUUAGGAAAUGGUUGGACUCUACCCGGUAGUCCUGAAAGCGACAAAGAGUUCGAGGAAAAUAAGCACAAAAUUGACAACGGAGAAUUUGAUGAAGAACUCGGAGAUUGGGAAGGUGACGAUGAAGAUGUAGAUAUGGAGGUGAAAGUAAAUCCACAAGACUUAUUAGCAAAACUAAUGAAAUUGCUCUAUCCAACAGCGAGUGACGGCAAGCUGGCGUCUAAUAUACAAGGUCAGAUUCGCGUCGGUUCUGGGUAUCAAGCAAAAUUACCGGAAUGUUCCGAUGGCAGCAAAGAGACCGACGACAACAGCUGGGUUAGUCGAGAACAAAUACGAUGGACGCCAGGCGCCAUAUCGGAUAGUGAUGUACUAGUUUACUUGCAAGCGGCUAGAUCAAUGGCCGCCCUUGUUGGAAUGUGCGACCCGGCAACGUCGUUAAGCGAGCAAGACAGGUGCCAAGCGGCUUCUCAAGACUGUACAACCGUCAAUGCCCUUGAUAUUUUACACGGUUGCGAUUACGAUAAAGGAGAAGCUCUGCAAAAGCUUGUUAAACGUCCUUUACCUACUAGUGUUGAGAUAAAAUGGGGCGAAGAAGAAUCGAAACGUUUCGCUAAAGGAUUUAAGCAGAUUGGAAAGAAUUUCUACAGGAUGCGAGAAGAAUUCUUCCCCAAUAAGAAAGUGGUAAGGAAUAUACGUGUUCGAAUCGAUUUAGAGGGCGACUCGUUGUGA